CGCAUCCUCUUCUCUUCCAUACGUCCACUCACUCUCACUAUGGCCUCCAUCAUGGUAACCGCACAGUGCCUAUGCAAAGCCCAAACCUUCACUACCGAGGUCCCUGCCUCGAAUUUCCCCCUCCUAGCCACCGCCUGCCAUUGCGACUCCUGCCGCCGCGUCACCGGCGCAUUAUACUCCAUCAACUUGCCUUGGCCGGAACCACGCGUGAACGUAGACAUAUCUAAACUCGCCCGGUAUGCAUUUUCUUCCCGUAUUAGGGUUUUCUUCUGCCGGACUUGUUCCACUCCGAUAUUCUUUGAAGAUGGCGAUUUGGGAGAUCUGGAUGUUUUCACAGGCGCAGUGAAGAACGAUGCUGGAGAUGUUAUGGAUCUAAAGAUCAUCCGGCAUAUAUUUGUUGGAGAUACACGGGAUGGCGGGGCGUCUAUGUGGCUACGGAAGCCGAAUGCGGAUGGAAGCGAGGCGAAGAGGUUUAAGGAACGUAGUCGUGGAGAGGAUUCCACGGAGAAUGCUAUUCCCAUUCGAUGUCACUGCAAGGGCGUGGAUCUCGUCUUGCAUCGAGGUAACUACAACGGGAAAAAGAGAGAAGAGCUUCCGUGGUUCAUUGAUCCCAAGACACACAAAGCUAUCGCGGGAUUCUGCGCAUGCGACUCUUGCCGUCUCUCAUUCGGUGUCGAUGUUUGUAAUUGGAGCUUUGCGGAGCUGAACAACAUCUCUUAUUCCGAGGCUCUGACGAAGAAUGGAAAGGUCUUCCCACGGAAUACAUCGGAGCUCAAGGCUGCGGUGGACCGCAAAGAUUCGUCAAUCGGCACGCUCACGUACUACGCUUCCUCUCCCAAUGUCCAGCGCUACUUCUGCGGUUCUUGUGGUGCCUGUGUCUUUUAUGCUGCGGACGACCGUCCAGAUAUUGUGGAUGUUGCUAUUGGUGUUCUGGAAGCCUCAGAUGGUGCAAGAGCUGAAGGGUUUCACUCUUGGGCUCUAGGGAAAGUCGGCUCGAUCGGUGAUACGAAAGGUGGAUGGAGAGAAGGGCUCAUGGCGAGAGUUGAAAAGGAGUGCGAAGAGUGGAGGGAGCAGAGGGGUUAUCCGAAGAAUUGGAGGAGAGUUGAGAGAGAGGCAGCAGAGGCUAAAGGGGGAACAAAUUAUUGA